AUGAUCAAAGAUUUAUAAGUACCUUCAAUUAUUGGCAAUGGAAAGUAUACCUUUGGAAAAGAAUUAGGUUAUGGAGCAUACGGCAAAGUUUGUCUCUACAAAAAUAAGGCUGGAAUAGAAUUCGCUUUAAAAAUAUUUAAAGAAUAUACUAAAUUCAUUGAAGAAAAGUCAAUCUAGCUAGAUCUUUAAGCAAAGAAUAUGGAUAAAGAUCUAAUGAUUCCUGAUAUUUAUUACGAUGGUAGUUAAAUUUGCUUAAAUGAUAAUGAAGAGUAACUGAGCUACUUGGUGUUUGAAUAUCUUCCACUAUCUUUAGAGAAAUAUUAUAAAGAGAAGAUAGCACUAAAUAUAAGAGUUGAUUUACCUAAAAUGAUAACUCAAGUCAUCACAUUGUUAAAGCAACUGCACAAAUUAGGCUACCGUCACAGAGACAUUAAACCAGAUAAUUUCAGAGUUAAGGAGUAAAUCGAAGGAGAUUUCUAGAUCUAUUUAAUUGAUUUCGGAUCAGCAAAAGUAAUUUAAGAAGUUUAAAAUUCAGAUUAGAUUUUAAAAAAUGUUGGUACAUCAGCUACCUCAUCGAUAUUUACAACAGAUGAUAAGAUAGCUCUUGAAGGAGAUGAUUUAAUAUCAGCUCUCUACACAAUUUUAAUCCUCGUUGAGCCUGCAAAUAUUAGCUGGUUAGAAAUAUGUUAUUAAAUAGUGGGAAAUCCUACUAUGGACUAAAAGUAAGAAAUGAUUGCUAAGAAAGAAGAAAUAAAUGAAGGAUAAUUCAACAAUAAAUUAUGCUAAAGAGCCGUCUCUGUAAUAAAGUAUCUCGAGAAACUAAGAAAUACUAACCUUUAAAAAUACCAAAGUGGUUUGGAGUAUGAUGAAGUCAUCAAUUUUAUAACAAAUGAUGUUGAUAAUUUAGAUAUCAGAUAAAAACAGCCAUAAAAGAGAAAGAGUUUUGAUAUUGAAAAAAAGCCAGACAUUAUCAAUCCAGAUACAGAUACAGAAGAAAAUUAAUAGAGAUAAAAUAUUCUUAUUCAGAUACUCUACUUUAUCUCCUGUUGUUGUAUUUGGAUAAAGAUAUUCAGAUGCUGCAAGAGAAAAAGGACUUAUGAUAUAGGAGACGAUGACAAUUAAGAUGCUUUUAACAGAGAAAAUAAGCAGUAAAUGUAGGAGGAAUUGAUUAAUAAGGAUAAAUAAAAUUGA